UUUUGUGUUUAUUUAUCAAUUUCUGUUGUCUAAUUGAUUUAUAUUAUAGCUAGCUAUAUUCAAGAAAAGAUGAACCAUGCAGCCCGUGGGGAGAUAGUUCAUAGGUUUUCAGAGCGCGCGUUAUAUAACUCAUGUCGCUCGUUUUUUUAAUUUAGCCGUUUCUUCAAACGGUGUUGGAUUACCUGUGGUAUUUCAAUAGCUAAGUGACCCAGGCUCUAACGGCCAUUAAUUCAACACGUUUCCAAAUAUGGCGGAUGAUUUAGACGAUCAAGACAUCUUCGCAGUUUUUGAGCAGGAAGGCCAACCAGAGAAACUAAAAAAGAAUGCUUUAGGAAGAGAGAAAAGCCUAACAGCGUCUUCUUCCGAAGGGAAACCACAACCUGGCGAUAAACGAGAGGUAAAGGAAGUUCUAACCGAUGCAAUACUGUUUGAUGAAGAAGACAUAGCCAGGCCAAGCACGAGUAACUCCAAUAAGAAAAUAAAACUAGAAGACACAGACAGCUUACUUGAAGCUGUUCCUCAAGUGGAUGUGACAACUGUAGAAACAGUUGAGGCUUGUACUCAUGAGGUUGCAUAUCCUCGUGGAUUUGAAUACACUCCACUAGUGAAAAAGGACUCCAAGCCAGCAAAGGAAUAUCCUUUUAUUCUGGAUCCAUUUCAAAAAGAAGCACUAAAAUGUUUAGAAAACAACCAGUCAGUUUUAGUGUCAGCACACACUUCUGCUGGAAAGACUGUUGUUGCAGAGUAUGCCAUUGCUAUGUCACUGAAGAACAAACAGAGAGUCAUAUACACUACCCCUAUAAAGGCCCUGAGCAACCAAAAAUACCGUGAAUUGUAUGAAGAGUUCCAGGAUGUAGGGUUAAUGACUGGAGAUGUUACUAUAAACCCAUCUGCAAGUGCUCUUGUUAUGACAACUGAGAUUUUGAGAAGCAUGUUGUAUAGAGGCUCUGAGGUAAUGAGGGAGGUUGCUUGGGUUGUCUUUGAUGAAAUUCAUUACAUGAGAGACAAAGAGCGUGGAGUUGUGUGGGAAGAAACAAUCAUUCUACUUCCAGACAAUGUUCACUAUGUUUUCCUAUCAGCUACUAUUCCUAAUGCUCGGCAGUUUGCUGAAUGGAUUACUCAUCUUCAUAAACAACCUUGUCACGUGGUUUAUACAGACUUUCGUCCUACUCCAUUGCAACAUUAUGUCUAUCCAGCAGGAGGAGAUGGAUUGUUUUUGGUUGUUGAUGAAAAGGGAGAUUUUCGUGAAGAGAACUUUAACAAAGCAAUUGCCGUUAUUAGAGAUGGUAGUAAUGAUCCAGGAUCAAUGAAAGGGAGACGAGGAGGAACAAAAGGUCCAUCAAAUACCUUUAAGAUUGUCAAGAUGAUCAUGGAAAGAAACUUUCAACCUGUCAUUAUCUUUAGUUUUAGCAAAAAAGAAUGUGAAGCUUAUGCACUACAAAUGUCUAAGCUAGACUUUAAUACAAGUCAGGAGAAAGCUUUGGUUGAUGAGGUCUUUAAUAAUGCCAUUGAUUGCUUGUCGGAUGAGGACAAAAAACUGCCACAAGUUGAACAUGUUCUUCCAUUAUUAAAGCGAGGCAUUGGCAUCCAUCAUUCUGGACUUUUACCAAUCUUAAAGGAAACAAUUGAAAUCCUUUUCUCUGAGGGACUCAUCAAGGCGCUUUUUGCUACUGAGACAUUUGCUCUUGGCCUUAAUAUGCCCGCAAGAACAGUUGUCUUUUCAAGCUCAAGAAAGUUUGAUGGAAAAGAUUUUAGAUUUGGUGCGUCAAUUGGAGAUACAUUGUUUGUGAUUGAGGUUCUUGUCAAGUGCUCUACAAGGACCAUUAAAUCUGCAGAUGGUGAUAUACCACAGCCCUGUGGGGUUGGGGAAAAGGGAGAAAUGCAGGUUGUGCCUGUGUUAUUAAAUUUGGUUAAAAGAAUCAGCAGUGUUCGUUUGUAUAUACCUAAAGAUCUGAGGUCAUUAGACAGCAGACAAAGUGUUGGCAAGUCUGUUCAGGAGGUCAUAAAGCGUUUUCCUGAUGGCUUGCCUCUGUUAGAUCCCAUUGAAGACAUGAAUAUUAAAGAAGAUGGACUGAAGAAGAUAAUAAAGAAAAUUGAAAUGCUAGAGCACCGUAUGUACACACAUCCGUUGCACAAAGAUCCAUCAUUGGAUUCCUUGUAUUCACUGUGUGAAGAAAAGGCAAAGAUUAUUGCUGAUACCAAGCUAGCAAAAAAAGAACUUAAAAAAGCUAAAACUGUACUGCAGUUGGAUGAAUUGAAGUGUCGAAAACGAGUCUUAAGAAGAUUAGGAUAUUCAACUGCAUCAGACGUCAUUGAACUUAAAGGUCGUGUUGCAUGUGAACUGAGCAGUGGUGAUGAGCUUCUCUUAACUGAGAUGAUCUUUAAUGGUGUCUUUAACGACUUGACUACAGAACAAAGUGUUGCGCUAUUGAGUUGUUUCAUCUGCGAAGAACGGAGUGACGAACUGCCCAAAUUAAAAGAAGAGUUGGCUGGACCUCUAAGACAGAUGCAGGAAUCAGCGCGUCGUAUUGCCAAGGUAUCACAAGAAGCCAAGAUGGAUUUGGAUAUUGAGGAAUACGUUGAGUCAUUCAGACCACAUAUUAUGGAUGUUGUCUUUGCCUGGGCUAAUGGCUCAUCCUUUGCUCAGAUCUGUAAAAUGACUGAUAUAUUUGAAGGCAGUAUAAUAAGAUGUAUGCGAAGACUGGAGGAGCUUUUACGGCAAAUGUGUCAAGCUUCUAAAGCUAUUGGUAACACAGAACUAGAAAACAAAUUCGCCGAAGGUAUUAUCAAGAUCAAGCGAGAUAUCGUGUUUGCUGCAAGUCUUUACCUCUAGCUGAGUCUUUGCCUCAUACAGGUAUUAUCGAGAUCAAGCGAGAUAUCGUGUUUGCUGCAAGUCUUUACCUCUAGAAAGAAAAGGAAUUGAACGGAGUGAGAUUGAUAAGAAGAAAGACAAGAAUCAGUCUAAGAACAAGUAAAGUGUUGUCGUUGUUGGGAUACCUGUAGUUAAGAUCCACAGGAUAGCGAGUAAAAUUGCCCAUGAUUUGACCCUUCAUUUAACCAAAAUUUGUUGUCUUAUGAAAAUUCGGCAUGACAAAAGAGACCAAAAUUUGACCCAACUUUUUCAAAAAAACUGUAAAUGCGCAUGUUUAGUUUUCCAACAAAUGUUGGCUGAAUGCGAACAUCUUUAUAACAAUAGAAAUGUUGGUGUAAUGUUGGGCAAAUGCCCGUUUAAGUCAAACUCGAUCCAAUAUUUAUCCAACAAAAAAAUCACCUUUCAACAUUUUUUGUCUCUUUUUUUUUUUUUUUCAUUAAAAAAAUACAAAUACAAAUGUAGCAAACCUAAAAUGUUUAAUAAGAUCUAUGUAUUUUACGUAUACUAUUAUAUGAUAUGUAUUUCGUUGCUCCAUAUUAAGACGUUUUUUCCGAUAUAUCUAUAAUUCCUUCUAUUUUAGUAAGUAAACGCCUCUUAAAAGAACAGCAUGUUUUAUUGGUUUGACAUGUGGAGAAGGGACAGAGAUGUUCCAAUCAUGAUAUUAUUCUAACGAGAAUGGCUGUAUAUAUCGUGUUGGGUGUAAUAAUAGUAGUAUUUUAUUUGGAAAAGACAACAAAAUUAAAAUAUAGCUUUUCAACCGUUCUUUUUUCGAAUAAUCAGUGAAUGAAGUCUCCUUCGGACGAGGGUUUGAUAAAACGACAGUUUCAUUCUGGUUUUAAUUCAUUCACUCCUUUAUAUUACCUCUCAUCAGGCAGUAGCUAUUAGCAACACCUGUCUGUUCGAACAGGAGAGCUCUUCAUAAUGAUUGCUUUAGAAACCAACACAGAGAAUUAAAAUCACAGUUGAUUGGUCUUUAAAACAAUUAAACAAAGCCUUAUCUAACAAAAGAGCUACUUUACUAUGGGGCAAUCAAAAGAAAGAUUCGUAAUGGUAAAAUCUCAUCAAUAUUAUAUGCCAGGUAGUGUAUUCAGGUGUUAUACAGGUUUACUGGCCGGUUUGAUAGCCGAUCAGUUACAUUACACUACAUAUUUCAAUAACGAACUAAAAGAACAAUAUACAAUCAUUAGAUGAGUUUGAGAAUGAUAUUGUAAAUUAUCGAGACCAAGGACGUGUUAUCUGUUGAAGCUGUAGGCUGGGAAUAGAUAAAUAAUUUAGUAUGGAUAUCAUGUGAAAACCGUAUUCAAUGAUCGUUUUUUUUUUUAUAUACAGAUUAAAAAAAGCGAACAUAUUUCAA